ACCCUCCCGCGCAACCUGCGCCUCCGUCACACCUCGCAUAGUGCCUCGCCCGCGCAUGCCGAGCGACCAUACGCGAGCGCGACGAAACUGAUCAUUUAAAUAAUCUCUCGAUUCCGAUACAAUUACAAGUGUAAACAGAACGAAGUGACAGAAAAGUUCUAGUGAUGUUCGCUUAGACGUUAAUGAAUAAGGUAAACAGUGGAUGUAUAUGGUAUAACAGUUUUUCGUGAGUACUUACUGGGUCUGCAAGGGCAUUUACAAGUCAGUGCAAUACAUAACAGUUAUCAUAGUUGGUCGAGUUAUAUACUUACAUUUUGAGUGACAAUACUGUGUUUCUCGCUUACAUUUUCAUGAAUGGAUAGUAAAAGAUGAAGAUUUAUACUAUAAUGAAAAAACUACAUGCAAGGGUAGUAUCAUUCAAGAAUAACUGACGAAUACUAAAUCAUGGAGGGCGUUAGAGUAACGCAUCAGGGUCUGAAGGCGCACACGCCUGAAGGAUCGGCUGGUAGGAUAACCCAGGCCGGUCUAGCAGCGCGAAGUGCAGAAGGAACCGCUGCUAAGGCAAUGGCCAUCAAGGGUCAUGAAGAUUUGUGGGUGGAAAUCCAAGCCAACACGUUCAGAAACUGGGUUAAUGAGACCCUCAAACCCGUAAAUAUAAAGGUAUUGGAUCUAGUAGAGGAUCUGCGAGAUGGGACGGUAUUAUGCGCCUUGGUGGAAGCACUGCAGGGCCGCAGACUAAAGGGAUGGAGCUCCAACCCCACGAACCAACACCACAGGCUGGAAAACGUUACCACUGCACUACAAGCCAUCGAGGAUGAUGGUGUUAAGCUUGUUAAUAUCGGUAACGUGGAUAUUGUAAAUGGAAAUUUGAAACUGAUACUUGGAUUAAUAUGGUCACUCAUCGUCCGUUAUCAAAUUGGCAAGAGCAAAUUCCCGCCCAGGAAACUGAUGUUAUCAUGGCUUCAGGCUGCGCUGCCUGAGUGCCGCGUGGGAAACCUUACAACGGACUGGAAUAGUGGAGUUUUACUGUCCGCACUUCUUGACUACUGCAAGCCUGGCAUUUUCCCACAUUGGAAGGAACUUAAUCGUCACGAAGCCAUAGAAAACUGUCGAAGAGCUAUGAAACUGGCUCACAGAGAGCUUGACGUGCCUAUGGUACUAGAGCCAGAGUAUUUAGCAUCGCCCUGGCUAGAUGAAUUGUCUGGUAUGACCUACCUUUCCUAUUUCAUGAAACCAGACGCUACGGGUGUCAAGUCCACCUUAGAUUGGGUCAACUCUCGUCUGGAGAGACCUAUCACUAAUUUUACGACGGACUGGAAUGACGGCCGAGUGGCCAAUGAAUUGGUACGGUCCAUGGGAGGACCAGCACCUCAUCCAAGCAAAUUGCGACGAGACCCUGCUCGCUGGGAAGAGAACUGCCAGUACGCUAUUGAUGCAGGAAAAAAACUAGGUGUACAGCCAGUCCUAUCAGCGAAGGAUAUGAGUCAAAGCGACGUGGAACAUCUGGGUGUAAUGGCAUGGGCUGCACAAUUUCGAAAUGUUCCCCCUCGACCGCCAGUUCAUGACAUGUUACGAGUUGCUCUUGACUCAACUUCAGGAAGAGUUGGGGAGCCAACUUUUAUUAAAGUAGAAAGCAUAUCGAACGAAUUGUCGAUGUCUGAAGUAAAAGUAUCAAUAGUUAAUCCUUUAGAACAGGAAUCUAGAUUAAAGUUAGACUCAAGAGGUGCUGGUGAAUUUAUACCGGAGCACGCUGGGAUGCAUGAGAUCGUUCUAACCGUUGAAGAUAUAAGGGUGGACGGAAGAUAUUUCUUCAGAGUUCUUCCUCGGUUAGUAUCAGUUCCGCCGCCGGGUAUGGCGCCGUGUGCAGCCGGAAGUAUCGUCGAAGUACUAGUCAGCGCCACAGGUGCACCAAGACGUGAAGAUAUAGACGUAACUGCACACUCGCCCAGCGGUCGAGCAGUUCCAUUAGAACCUCGGCAUCCCCCACCUUCAGCACCUGGCACUACAGCUUCGAGCGCCACAUUCCAACCAGACGAAGCUGGAGUAUGGACAAUCGCUAUCACUUACAAAGGCGAGCACAUUCAGGGUGGCCCAUUUACUUGCGAAGUAUUCGACCCAGCUGGAGUCCGUCUCAGUCAGGGAGCACUGGAAGGUGCUGAGCCCCUUAAACCACACUCUUUCGAGCUGGACACAAGUGGAUGUGGCGUUAAAGGCGACCUGCAGUUGGACAUCGUUCACGAUAAAAGAAGUGUUAUGUGCGCCUUAGAAAAAUUGUCGUCAACUAAAUAUCGGGCCACGUUUAUGCCUAAAGCGCCAGGAAAGCAUAGGCUGUACAUUUAUUUUAACGGUUAUGACGUUCAUGGGUCGCCGCACGUGUUCAGGGUGGGGUCACGCUCCAAAAAACCCCGCGACAGUUCGAGCCCCUCGCCUGCGUUUGCAAGAAUAUCUAGUCCAGUCACAAGAUUGAGGUCGGAAAGUCCCCACAACAACUACAAUUUAUACGAAUCAAACACAAAGCACACGAGCUCAAUAGAUCGACGCGAAGAGCGACGGAACUCAAACGAUUAUUACAAGUCAUCAUUUGGACCCGAUAUCAAAGAAAAGACUUACGACGUUACGGACUCAUUUUCCAAUUCGAGAAUAAACAAGCGUGAAAAUUAUACGACAUACGAUGACAGUCCUAGAAAUAGAACAGCAAGUCCAAUCACAUCAAAACAUCUGGGAAACGGGUCGAGACUCGAUUUCGGUCGAUCAAGUAGUCCAUACAGAGCGGGCAGCCCAUACAGAGCGACAAGUCCUAUUGGGCGCACAAGCCCAUUAACGAGAAAAGACAGCCCUUUGAAUAGGACUGCUAGUCCAAUUAAUCGAGUGAGCAGUCCCACCGAUAGAUAUAGCCCCGUAACUACGACGAAGCGAGUGGUAGAAAAGCGCUCGAACUACAAAAUGUACAGUUCAUAUAGCGGGUCCCAAGACAACCUUGACCAAAGUAGCCCAUUAUCUUCAUUAGAAACAGAUCGCAUCAAACGAUAUGGAAGUCCAAGCAUGGCAGAUACAGGCGAUCCAGGUGGAAAACCUGGUGGAUAUAAACAAAAAAACGAUUCUUGGGACUCAAUCGAAAAGACUAGACAGAUGUUUGGUAAUAAUAGUUUAGAAUCGUCUGGUGACCGUUACGUGGGACAAAGUACGCUGGACCGUGAAACUCUACGCAACACACAAAUGAACAAGUUGAACAAGUUUAGCGAUUUCUCGCACGACUCCUUCAACAAACACCUCGACCGGUUGGUCGAUGAACACGACUCGGAUACUUACACAAGCCGUCAAGAAAUCACAAAACGCGAAGUGCGGGAAAGUUCGUACGUGGUGCGAGACUCCUCUUUCAGCAGUGUGGAGGAGAAGCACCAACAACAACAGCAGUCUUUUUUAUCCAAUAGGCCCCCCCGCGACCCUACCGGGGGGGCCCUGACUGAGACGGACGCUGCACACGCCCGUUUCAGACCAAUUCAAAGGGAUAACAAUAGAGGUGCAAAAGGAAUAAUCAUUAAACCUACUUACAAAGGAGUGGUGGGCCAGCCUGUCGAGUUUAUAGUGGACGCGAGCUCAGCCGGGCCCGGUCAGUUGGAGCUGGAAGUUUCUGGCGGGAAUGGAACACUAGUGGCCAGUUCGGUGCGACCACUCGGCGGGAACAAAUACAUAGCCGCAUUCACGCCACGCGUGGUCCGACCACACUCAGUACGAGUCACGUUCAACGAUGAACAUGUUGCCGGAUCUCCGUGGAAGGUAGAGGUGAUGGCAGGGCCGGCGGGCGGCGGCGGAGGGGAGCCCACGAGGCUCAUACCUGCGCGAGUGCCGGCCGUCUUUGAGAUCUCCACCUCGCCAGGCGCACCCACUUUUAGCAAAAAUGAGGUUGGAGUAACAGUAACAGCGCCAUCGCGGAGGCCGGUCACUGCGCGUGUGCUGGACGUGUCGGAGAGACCUGGCGUGUACCGCAUCGAGUUCACGCCUGAGGAAGUUGGCACGCACUUGAUCGAUGUUUCCAUCGGCGAAGAUAAACUGGCCGCUGGACCACUGGUCGCGAAAGUUUACGACGCAAGCCUUAUAAAAGUCACGGACGUGGGCAACGCCCUUGUCGGACAACAAUGCCAAUUCAGAGUGGACGCGAGCGCUGCGGGUGAAGGGCAAUUAGAAAUUUCAAUCAAUGAGGGCGAAGUCCCUAAUCACGUACAAGUGGUCGGUGGCGGUCGCUGCCUUGUAUUCUGGAGACCGGAGACACCAACACCACAUCGAGUAGAUAUAAAAUUCAAUGGAGAACCCGUACCUUCGUCGCCUUUUAUCUUUCACGUAGCACCCGCACAGCGAGUUACGAUAGACACUUCACAAGUUGAACUAAUAUCGGUCGGCGAGGUGGCAUCAUGUUCGGUGCGAGUGGAAGGUGCUGGCGGUGGCGAAUUGACUGUGACGGUGCGCGGGCCGAGGGGCGAAGUGCCAGUGCGCCUCACCGGCGAAGCUCUGACAGGGCUUGUGGCCAGCUUUACGCCGAAGCAAGUUGGACCUCACACGCUGACUGCGCACUAUAAUAACCAACCUGUGCCUGGCACUCCAUUUGUCUGCAAAGCAUAUGACAGUAAACUAGUCAGCGUAACUGGUGGAUCAUCAGCUCGCAUCGGAGUGCCGGUGCAGCUGGCGGUGGACGCGGCACAAGCUGGUGAGGGAAACCUGGAAAUCACAGUGGCUGCCAGAGGACUUAAUAUACCAACACAAGUUCAUCCGCAAGGAAAUGCCAGGUUCACAGUAUCAUUCACACCAACAGAAGCUUGCGAACAUAUAGUUAAUGUUUCCUUCAACAAGAUGCGUGUCCCAGGAUGUCCUUUAAUAAUAGAUGUGUCAGAAGGUGGUGGAAUCGCCGCCAGAGUCACAUUGCCAGGCCCUGUUCCCCUGCACCAACCUGCCUCGCUCACAUUACAUCACUCGUCUGCCACUCUGGACCAGAUUGAGGUCAACGUUGAGGGUCCCAACGGAGCGUCGGUGCCGGCCGCAGUAGCAGCGGCGGGGGCAGGCACCUUCCGAGCGGAGUUUGUGCCUCGCGCUGUGGGCGAGCAUCGACUGAACGUGCUUGUGGACUCUGUACCCAUACCUGCCAGCCCAUUCCAUUUGAAAGUAUACGACGUCACCGCCAUCCGAGUCAAAGAUGUAGCACACGGCACCGUCGGAAAACCUGUAACGUUUCUAGUGGAAACAAUGGCGGCGGGGCCUGGCAACUUGGAAGUGACAGUGAAUGGUGGACGCGUGCCAACGGCUGCUGCAGCCCAAGGCGCCCAUACAUACGCCAUCAGCUUCACGCCCAGAGACCCUCGGCCACACACCGUCGAGCUACGGUUCAACGGAGACCAUGUUCCCGGUAGUCCAUUUGUAUGCCACGUGUCUGCGCCUGCGCGGGUCAUAGGAGCGGGAUCAGGGGAAUCCCCAGAUAAAGUGUCGGUGGGCGACGCGUAUACAUUCAGCGUGGAUUCGCCCACAUCCCCACAUGUAGAAGUUUUGGGACCAGCUAGAAGACCAGUUCCUGUACAGGUAUCUGCUGAAGAGACAGUAGGGGAAAAUGAACCAAGCAAAAGAUACACAAUCUCCUUUGUACCAGUAGAUGUUGGAGAUCACAGUAUUGAGGUACGGGCUGGAGCAAUGGGCGGUCACGUAGAAGGCAGCCCCUUCUUAGUAAAAGCUUACAGUGCAUCGCGUGUUUCAGUCACUGACAUCUCUCCCGGAGUCGUUGGUCGACCUGUGGCCUUUACCAUCAACGCUUCUCAUGCCGGCGCUGGAAACUUGGAAAUCAUUGUAGCUGUAAAUGGCAGAAAUGUACCUAAUUAUGUACAGAGUGAAGGAAAUGCUCGAUUUAAGGUGAACUUCAAACCAACGGAAGCCGCUCCCCACACAUUAUCAGUCAGGUUUAACGGUCACGCAGUACCGGGGUCUCCGUUCACGUGUAUAGUGUCAGCCCCAGCCGCCGCCGCGGACGCGAGGGCCGCAGGGCCCGGUCUAAGCUCAGCACCCCGCGGCGAACCAGCUGAGAUCCACCUCACUGGCUUCCACACUGGUGAACCCACGAUAUUCGUCACUGGUCCCGGUGGAAGCAGCGUGCGCACGCGCGUCACUCCCACCGGCGACGGUCGGUACACGGGCUCCUACACGCCCGAGGCGGUGGGCAGACACAGCGUACAAGUGCAGUGCGCCGGGAGACACGUUCCCGGCUCGCCGUUCACUUGCAACGUGUAUGACGUACGACGCGUGAGGGUUACGGGACUUGGAGCUGGUGAAUUGGAAGGCACUCUAGAAGGUCUAAGUCUAGACGAAAGUGGUGACGAGGAGCGUGGAGUGGAAGUUGGAAAGCCCGUCACUUUCAGCGUGGACGCGGCCGGCGCAGGCGAGGGCACCCUUGAACUGGUGGUGUCUACACCGACAACUACAGUUAAAGCUGAGGUAGUGGCCGUGGCCCGCGGUCUCUACGACGUAACAUUCGUGCCGGUGUCACGCGAGCCACAUCGCGUGUCCGUCACCUUCAAUGAGCAGCCAGUACCCGGCAGCCCCUUUGUGUGUCGUGUUAGCGAACCCCACACUUAUGUACAAAUAGGUGGUGUAGCGGCAAUAGAAGUGGACGAAAGUCUAUCGGACGUGGAAGUUAUAUCGCCCACCGGCAGUCGUAUAUCUGAAGCCAACCUUGAAGACACUGGGCUCCUAACAUUCCCCGCCAACCGAGUAGGAAGGUACCUUGUGAGGAGUCCUAGAGGACCGAUAGCUGAAGUUGAAGCGCUCGAUGCUGCGGCGGUCAAAGUAUUAUCCAUCGGGGAUGCGGUGGCGCAUAGACCUGCUAUACUCACUGUGAGUACGGCAGGAGCGGGUGCCGGUAGACUAUCAGCUCGAGUGUGGUGCGGUGGGUCAGCCGUGGCACACUCAGUGCGGAGACGCGGCGGAGCUCGGAUGGAGCUAGUGUGGCAUCCAUCGCGAGCAGCAACGCACCGACUGGCAUUGUUGUGGAGUGGCGUUCCAAUUUCAAAAGAGCCGUUACUUGUCGAUGUUCUACCCGCACAUCAUGGUCAAGAGGUAGCAGCAUCAGGUCUAGGUCUCUACCAGGCCCAAGUGGGCAAAGUGGCGUCGUUCAGUAUCGACACAUUAGGCCGCCCAGCCAGGGAGUUCGAUGUGGUCGUCUCAGGUCCCGGCUCAAGAGCUUUACCCGUCAGAUGUUACCAGACCAAAUCGGGACUGUUACAAGCCGAGUUCGCCAUCAAUGAAGUCGGACAAAGCACUAUAGAAGUACUACACCUUUCAAAACCCGUCACUGGAAGUCCAUUUACGUGCGAAUCCUUUGACCCGCAUAAAGUAAUUCUGUCAGGCCUUCCAACGGGGAAUAUUAUUGCGCAGACGCCUAUCAAUUUUACAGUCGAUACAAAAGACGCAGGUCUCGGGGAAUUAGAAGUGGUCUGCGAAGCGAUGGGAGACAGAAGAGUGCGCUUACCUAUCGAUAUACGGGAAGACGGACACACACACAAAGUUCGGCUGCGACCUUCUGUACCGGCGCACUACCGUAUUUAUAUUACAUACGGGGGUGCGCCGGUAGUCGGGAGUCCAGUAUCGCUAGGUGUUCUAAGCGGCAAAGCAAGUAACGCUGCAAAAUGCUCAGGCACAGGACUCGCGCAUGCGCACGUGGGCAAAGAAGCCGCUUUCACAAUAAACUGUGUCGAAGAUACUGCACCCACUGUUCAGGUGGAAAAACUGACAGAUCUCAAGGAAGAUAACACAGAUUCAGGCCUGCUGGAGUGUCGAGUGGUGGCGGGGGCGGCGCGGGAGUGGCUGUGCGCGUACAUCCCGCUGGUGGUGGGACUGUACGAAGUGCGGAUAUUCACGUCUUCCGGACCGCUACCUGGGAGCCCGUUCUCUGUUAAAGUAAUUGACACAUCAGCCAUAUUACCAGUAGGUGGGUGGGGCACAGAUAACUCGGGUAGAGUUCGAGCGCCUUCUAAGAUCGUACUGGAUACUAGCAACGCUGGUCCCGGUACUCUGGAGUGCUUAUUAGCUGGAAGGCAUCAACGUGUAGAAACAGUAGCAGGCCGAGCGGUAGUUACGCUUACAGCGGUUGAAGGUGUCAGCGGGGAACAAGAAUUAGAACUUACCUACAACGGCGCUUUAGUAGCUGGCGCGCCUAGAAAAGCACUAGUUGCGUCAGGGAAUACUGCGGAUAGAGUGACUUUAGCUGGGCGCGGGUUGGCGCACGCGGCGCCGCAUACGCCCGCUGUGUUUACUAUUGAUGGUAGUGCAGCCGGGCCGGGAGCACCCGAGGCGUCACUGACAUCGCCUGAAGGGGAGUCAGUAUCCGUGGCGUUGGCGGCCGCGGGGCCCGGCCUGUGGCGCGCUACAUACACACCGAGACGGCCUGGCGACCACCAGCUUAGGGUCACGUGGGCGGGAAGACUUGUUAAAGGUUGCCCACUAACAGUGAAAGUAAUGGCCGGUUCAGAAAGCGGUGAUGCUUCACGAGUGGUUUGCUCCGGCGCUGGUUUGGCUGGAGGGGUAGUCGGCAGGGAGAUACGCUCCUGGAUAGACACGCGAAGAGCUGGCCCUGGGGAGUUGACUGCGCACUGUACUGGACCUAACAAGGUGGCAUAUUGCGAGCUGUACGAGCAUGGCGACGGCACGUUCACGCUCAACGUGAAGCCCGCCGAGGCCGGCCGACAUGUGCUGAGCGUGCAAUUUGCGGGCGAACAUGUGCCCGGCUCGCCGUUCGUUCUCAAGGUUGCGGGGGCACCUGACCCUUCUAAAGUCCGAGUGUACGGUCCAGGCGUGGAGCCGGGCGUGCUGGCGACGUUCCAGUCGCGCUUCCUGUGCGACACGCGCGGCGCGGGCGCCGGCCAGCUCACCGUGCGCGUGCGCGGACCCAAGGGAGCCUUCAGAGUCGAAAUGCAACGCGAGAACCAGAAGGACCGGACUAUACUAUGCAAGUUUUCUCCCACGGAGCCCGGCGAUUACCGCGUGGAAGUGCGAUGGGCCGGCCGCCAUGUACCCGGCUCGCCUUUCCCCGUCAUGAUCUUCGACACACAGGAAGAGCUACGCAGAUACAUACAAGCCACCGCCGCAUAAUACUUUACUCCUCUUUACCACCGUUCAAAAUCGUCAUCAUAGAAGUUUUAAUCUUUAAACUAUCGUUAGUGAUUUCCAUUAUAAGUAUAGAAUGUAACGGCUAUACUCACGUAUUUAGUAGAUGCAAGCUCGACUAGUUUUGAAUCCAUCUGGGGUCCUCUUUCAUACGGACUCAGUUCGCUGCGCGUCGGGGUUGAGACUCACGUCGACUAUGUAGACGUGAUUAUAGCCGUUACUUCUAUACUUAUCAUAGAAGUUCUACAACCUUGAGUCUCUUGACUUGAUCCAAUAGCGCCGGUGCAAAAUUGCUCCAACUCUGAGAUCCCGGAAUACAUAAACGUAUUUUCUGAAAAACGUUUUCAAAGAAAUAUUCUGAUUAUAUGCUAGUAUGCUUUGUAUAAGAUUUGACAUUUCACCAACAUUGAUAGAAUUCAAACAUUGAAAUACACAAAUGUCAGACUAAAAUGGACCUAAAGUUCUUUGAUUUUAAGUCGAAAAUGCAAUACACUUGGUUUUAAUUCCGCUCGGAAUCCUUGCGACAUUAAUAAAAUUAACACUUCAUUUGGAGUAUAAUAUAAGCUUCAGAACAAGCAUAUUAAGGUGUAUUUUAGUUUGACUCUAAAGUGUUUUGAAGCUGGAAUCCUAUCGACGUUGGUGAGAUGUCAAAUCUUAUACUAAGGCUUACUGGAUUUCUUUUUGUGAUACGACAUAUCAUUUUAUCGUAAUCGCCCGCUAGUCAAUUUUUCAUAAUAUCUUAAUUUUGACUUUAUUGUGAAUUUGGAACGCUUUUUCAGGAAAUCCGUCUUUAUCUCUACUCCGAAAAGAAACAAUUAUCAUUUAGUUAGAUCUAAUUUAUUGCCAAGAAGCCAACAUUCAUUCGAACAAAACAUUCAUCUUGAAUCUCUUCAAAAUCAAAAAUCUUUGUAUUAAUAAUAUCGAAAGAACAAAAUAAUACGGUUGCCUUUAUGGAAAUGUAAAAUAAUGAACUAGAUUCUUAUAAUUUUACGAAUUUAGUUGCAUCUGAAACAGCUUUAUUUUUCUGUUAUUAAUAUUGCGAAAAAAUUACUAUAUUCCUCUUUUUUAAGUUCUGUGGUACAACAGAAUUGCCAAUGCCUGAGUGUUACUAAGGUUAAUGCACACAGUACUGCGUCACCACAAGACUACGAAAACUGCAAGUUAUUUCGCGUGGCGUAUAUGUAUACGAUAUACAAGUUAUAUUAAGAUUUAGGUAUACUUCGUCAAAUUCAGUACCCCGUAUUCAUUCAUCUGUAAUAUUACCCCCUAUUGAAAUGUCAAUUUCCCAACCCCCUUCAAACUUCACUCACAAAUGAUCUGAUUAUGAUGUUAACAAAGAAGUUGUGAAUGAAGUUAGCAGGAGCUGUCAAACUAUGUCCAUUUGAAUUAGGUAAAGCGUCCAACCUAAGAAAGAGAAAUCUGGUCCACCAUAUUGUCGCUAGAAAGAUAUUUAGAUUUAUUAAAAAAAACAUUGAAAAUACAUUAAAAAAUUAUAUUGAAACAAAAUACUUAUAUUUCUAGUUAGGGCGUCACAAUAUGGUGGACAGGAUUUCCCUUUCUUAGUUUGGUAGUAAUUACUCGAAUAAAAGAAUCUCUAUUAUUAUCAUUAGGUUGGUACGAGUCAUUUAGAUAGGUACCUUAUAUUUAGGGUAGUAAGGACUAAAAUAGAAUACACGGGAAUAUAAAUACUUUACCUAUACAUACAUUCUCUGCCAUACAUAAUAUAACAAUUGCAAUGAAAUCAAUUAACAAGAAAAUAAAUACAGUCAUAAUGUUGUUUAUCUAACUUAGAAGUGUAUUUCAAAGAUUAUUAAAUAAUAAAUCAAGAUAUUUUAACUCUUUUGAAUAUUUAUAAAACGUAAAAUUAUGGAUUUUUUGUUAUGUAAUGGACAACCAUCUUUUGCCAUUAUAAAAACGAUACCAAAUGUACAAUUUUUUUGUACUAAUUUUAAUUUUUGUAAUUUUUUUACCACUAUAAUAAAAUUUGUCAUACCGUCCAAUACUUAGAGCUACAUGAGUACAUUUGGAUUCAAAAUUGUAAAAGAAAAAAGCAUAAUAUUUUUUUAUUUGAUAAUAUUUAUUAAUAACUAGGUAUUUAGAUCUAAGCGUCAUUUAACUAUUGUAUACUAACUUGUUUCUUGUUAUUAUGGCCUAGUAUUAAAGUAUAAGUACGAUGUAAACUAAACUUGGAUAUAUUAAAAACAUAAGAUUAACAAAAACUGCGUUGCGUUUUAAUUCUUAAGUGUGUACCAGCCUAGUAUUUUCAAGAAAAGCAAGAGAAGGGAUAGUACGACGCUCUCGUACCUUGUCUACUAUUCCUACACGUUUAGUUUACAUCUUGAUUUACAAAUUGACUGGGUAAAUGCUGAAUAAUUAUCAGUUACUAAUUUUGUUAAUAAAUUGAACAUUAUUA